UUCAUUUCACCACGAUUUGUAACAAAACUCAACCUUAUCUAUUCACUGUUAUUUAGUCAAAGUGUAGGUACCGUUGUAUGGAAUACACUCUCUAAGCAACAUGCAGCUUUUUGUCCAAGGCCAGCAGAUCCACACCCUCGAGGUGACUGGAAGUGAGUCUGUCCACGAUCUCAAGCUUCAUCUGGAGAGCCUGGAGGGCAUCUCCCCAGCUGACCAGCUCCUGAUGACCGGUGUUACUGUCCUGGAGGAUGACCAGACCCUGUCGGCUUACGGUGUCACCGAGCAUGCCACCCUGGAGUUGUCCAUGCGCAUGCUUGGAGGAAAGGUUCAUGGCUCCCUGGCUCGUGCUGGAAAGGUCAAGGGUCAAACACCGAAGGUUGAUCCCGAAGAGAAGAAGAAGAAGAAGACCGGUCGGGCCAAGCGCCGCAUGCUGUACAACCGCCGCUUUGUCAACGUGGUGCCCACGUUCGGAAAGCGCAGGGGACCCAACUCCAACUCUUAAACAACAUGGCUACCACUGCAACAGGUCAACUUGCUGUCUUGGGAGAAUGAAGUUCACUCUUGCAACCAACAGAAUUAGGGCAUAUUAAACCCCCAAAAGAAGAAAGUUACAAACUUACAGUCACCUGUUCUAACACAUUGUAUUAGGUAUGAUAUUGUGAGCUAAUAAAAGAUAAACAUAUAGGCCUGUUACCAUA